UGUUUGCGGUGGACUGCCUCACCCUCUCAAGCCAUUCCUUUUUUGAUAAGCAAAGGAGAAGAGCUUACUUUACUCUUUUGGGACUGGGGAUUUUUGGCCUUCUGGUGAUAAUAACAGUAAGAGUUCUGGAACUAAACAGAACAAAGGUAAACAUCUGUCCAGAGACAUGGAUGCAAGUGAAAUCCAAUUGCUACUACAUAUCCGUGAGAAGAUCAACCUGGGCAGAGAGUAAUAAGCACUGCUCCUCUCACGGGGCUCAGCUUGUUGUGAUUGAGGACCAAGAGGGGUUGGAGUUUCUGUUUCUUCAGUGCAGACGCUUCCUAACGUUUUGGAUUGGCCUGAACAGGAGUCCACAGGAGGAGUGGAGAUGGGUGAACAAUGAGCUCUUCAAUCACAGUCGGUGGACUUUGGGUGUCUCCGCUGGAGGGCACUGUGCCUGUGUGGCUCAAGAGUCAAUAGAAAGUCUCAACUGCAGCAGUCAGCAUCACUGGAUCUGUAGGAUGGCCGUGGCAAACUACUGACCCGAUCUUAAAGAAGGAGAGUGGCCUGGGCUCUUUUGGACUUUUGUUCUCAAAAAUCAACAUCAGAAGAUACUCAGAAGUGAUGUCUUAAGAAAGGAGGACUGUAAUGUGCAAAGUUACGGUUUUUUACAUUUGAUCCCUUAAUAAAAGGACCCCAUGAGGAAGGUCAAUCUAAAGAAGAUUCUUGAAGCAUUCAGCAAUACCACAGGUUUUUGAAUUUAUGAUUUCUACUGUAGGGCACCACAGCAGGUGGUAAGAAUGGCCAUUGACCAGUAACUUCUGAGUCUAAAAUGAUCCAUCCAUUUUCCAACCUGCUGAAUCUGAACACAGGGUCAUGGGGGUCUGCUGGAGCCAAUCC